AGCGCCGGAAGCGGCCAGCGCAGGGUUGGCGGUGUUGGGUGAAAUCCGCCGCCCAGCGAAGAUGUUGCUGGACUUGUCCGAGGAGCAUAGGGAGCACCUGGCGUUCCUGCCACAAGUGGACAGCGCGGUGGUCGCGGAGUUCGGGCGGAUUGCGGUGGAGUUCCUGAGACGAGGAUCGAACCCGAAGAUCUACGAAGGCGCCGCCAGAAAACUCAAUGUGAGUAGUGACACUAUCCAGCAUGGUGUGGAAGGAUUAACUUAUCUCCUCACUGAGAGUUCAAAACUCAUGAUUUCUGAACUAGAUUUCCAAGAUUCUGUUUUUGUUCUGGGAUUCUCUGAAGAAUUGAACAAAUUAUUGCUUCAACUUUAUCUGGACAACAGAAAGGAGAUCAGAACUGUUCUAAAUGAGUUGGCACCUGCCCUUCCCAGCUACCACAGCCUUGAGUGGCGACUGGAUGUACAGCUUGCCAGCAGAAGUCUCAGGCGGCAGAUUAAACCAACAGUGACUAUGCGGCUGCACCUCGCUGAGAAUGGAGGCCACAGUACCAGAGUUCUGCAGACGGACCCAGCCACCCUGCUUCAUCUAGUGCAGCAGCUAGAGCAAGCGCUGGAAGAGAUGAAGACGAACCACUGCAGAAGAGUGGUCCGCAGCAUCAAGUAGUCCAGCUCCAAGCUGUCAGUCCCUUUGCAUUGAUGAUACAUGGGGAUUUCUUUUCAAAUUUGAUUUUUUUAUUCAUUGACAGUAAUAAGUACCUCUAGAGUCCAUGAAGUUUCUUUUCCUGUUGAGGAUGCUGAACUCAUGAUCAGAAGCUAAAGUAAAGUUCCUUUUCUGGUGCUAAAUGGGGUCAGCUUCUUGACAGAUUGAAAUGUAUUUUGUAUUUUAAAUGUGUAAAUAGGACUGAAUCAACUAAAAUCAAUCUACUGUUCGUAUCGUCUCUAUAUGUGUGUAUGACUUUCCUGAUUUUCAUACUUUUUAUCUGCUUAAAUUUAUUAUUUUGUCCUUGAUCAAAAUUUGAAAAUAAAAUUCAUUAUUACAAUAUAAAACUA